CGCCGAUGUUUAGCCUCCCACACUUCCGUGUGCUCCCCUGCCGGUGCGACAUGGCGCUGUCCGUGCUGCCGCGCUUAGAACAGCUGUCUGCCCGGGUGGUGCGGGUGUUGGGGUGCAACCCGGGGCCCAUGACUCUGCAGGGCACCAACACCUAUUUGGUGGGCACCGGCCCGAGGCGGAUUCUCAUAGACACCGGGGAGCCUGCAGUGCCUGAGUACAUUAGCUGCUUGAAGCAAGCCCUGACUGAGUUCAACACUUCCAUCCAGGAAAUCAUAGUGACACACUGGCAUGUAGACCACGUGGGUGGAAUAGCUGACAUCUGCACGGAUAUCAUGAAUGGGUGUAAUUUCUCUGUCAGCAAACUCCCUCGCAAUCCCCAUCAAGAAGAGGUGAUAGGAGCAGUUGAGCACAAGUAUAACUACUUAAAAGAUGGAGAUAUAAUAACCACAGAAGGUGCAACCCUCAGAGUUCUCUAUACACCAGGCCACACAGAUGACCACAUGGCACUAGAGUUAUUGGAGGAAAAUGCUAUCUUUUCUGGUGACUGCAUCCUGGGGGAGGGGACUGCUGUGUUUGAGGACCUCUAUGAUUACAUGAAGUCUUUAGAAAAACUUCUGGAAAUGAAAGCUGACAAAAUAUAUCCAGGUCAUGGCCCUGUGGUGCUGGGUGCAAGAGCCAAAAUCCAAGAGUACAUUUCCCAUAGGCAUGCCCGAGAACAACAGAUACUUCAAGCUUUGCAAGAAAACAGUGGCAGAUCCUUUACUUCAAUGGAUCUCGUUAAAAUUGUGUACAAGGAUACCCCUGAAUAUUUACAUAAAGCAGCAGAGUUUAACCUCACCCAUCAUUUACAGAAACUAAAGAAGGAAGGAAAAAUAUAAGAACAAUCCCCCACUGUCAGAUGGAGAAGUAACUUAUGAAUCAGCAUCAUGAACAAGAAUAAAACAUCUCCUGCGGACACUCAACAUGUGUGUUCUGUAGGAACAGCAGAAGAGAUGUGCGAUUAUGGACAUUUGUUAACUUAUUUCUAAUUAUUUUAAUUUACUAUAGAUUUGUUUAUGAUUCAUAAAUAAUCAUGUCACAAAUGUUAGUAUCAACUUAUAUACUGCAUUUGUCUCCUCUUCACUGCACUGAUAGGUUGUUACAGCUAUCCCCAGCAUGUACCAUAUGAAGAAACAAGGGGAGCAGUAAAAAGAAUAGAAACCUCUCCCAACUUCCAGAAUUCUGUUUCUCUGUGCCACAGGUUGCCCUAUCACUAUUUCAAGAAAACUUUUACUUUAGAUUUUGCUGAGAUCUAGUUGGAUUUCUUAUUUUUAUUGCUUUCCAUGAAUAAGAACACAUAAAUAUAGAUUUGCUUAUGUUUAUCAUACGAUUUGGGUCUCUAUGUGAAUUUUUCUAAAUCUUUUCCAAAACUAAGUAAAAUUCCCGAUCUAGGAGAAACCCACAAUAUUUAUAUAGGAAAUUUAAACCUACAAUCAUUCAAUCAAUCUGCAUGUUCUCCCCUAUUUUUUACCUACAGUUUGCCACUAUCUUGCUCUUCUGCCACUUUCUAGCUUUCAAAUGGGGGUCACUGACCCCACAGCUAAAAUAGUAUUGCUUUGUUAGGCAACAAUUUAGUUGUUAACGUUUAAUUACUUAUGUACCUAUUUUAACCCUCUCCUAUUCAUAUUCCAGUAUCUCAUUUACACCACUGCCUGGUUGCUAUGGUAAAUGAGACCCUAGCAACCAGAUAGCUGCUGAUAUGCCAAAUCACAGAGCAACUGAACAAAAAGCUAAAUAACAUAAUAAAUAAAAAAUGAAAACAGAUUGCAAAUUGUCUCAGAAUAUUUUAUAUAUAUAUAUAUAUUAAUAUACAUAAUACCAAUAGUAAUUUAAAGGUGAACUACCCCCUUAAAAUAUGAACUAAAAAAACUGGUAAUCAGGUGUUCCAGUGGACAUCUUGGCUUUGCUUUUAGUGGCACCUCUGACCUAUAAUAAUGGGAGCAAUGGGUAUGUGUUUUCUUUCCCAAUUUUUGCCACACCUAGUGCCAGAAACAACACUUCUGAUUUAUUUUAGCUAGGAAAUGUGCUUGUGUUUAUGGGGGCAUUUUAUUGGUCACUGAGCAUAUAAUCAAAUUCUUAUGCUGGUUGUGUAUAAAAACCAUUUUUGACAUGGCCGAGAUUAGAAACACCUGGGGAAAAAAUUCAAAUAACAAGGGGUAGAUUUCUAAAGCUGUCUAAAAUAUUUUUUAUGAAUAAGUAAUAGUUGUAUAAAAAAACAUUGAAAAUAUUUGGGGGUUUAAUUGUAAAAUGCAAUGCAGUGUAGAUAAUGUUUCGACUGAAAAGUGUCUUUGUUAGACAAGAUUCUGUGUUAUGGGUUGUAAAUGUUUGAAACUAAGUCUGUAAAUAUUUACAGCACUAAUAUCUUUGCAAACACUUAUGUUUAUAAAGCCUUGUAGGUAAUGAUUAUUCUUCAUUCUUUAAGCACUGAAAAAUCACAAACAUUUUUCUUAUUUGCCACUAGAUGGCAGGGCAACAUUUUUCUUGAGAAUUUAAAACAUUAAACAGAACCUUGAACUUUAAUCAAACGUUUAAAAGAACAUAAUACAAACAUACCCAAAUACACAUAUUUCCACUGCUGCAGUAACUAUGUUCUUAAUGCUGCUCUGUAAUAGCUGCCAACUGAUCCAAUAUUCCCCUCUUUAUUGUGAUAGCACACACAGCAACCUUUAUGUUUCCAAAAAUGUUGUUUGCACAGAAACACCAAAUCUCAGAAUAGCCCUAAAUUACCCUUCUCUCACUUGCACAGUGACUCCAGAGUUAAUUGAUUUGUGUAAAAAGACUAGAAAGGCAAAUGAUUAAAGAAAUAUAUGACUAAGCAAAUGUUUAUAACUGUUUGCCCACAAACCUGUGUGACAGAAUUCAUGGCUUGUGAUUCAUCCCUGUUUGAUUAACUCACUUGAACUCAUGUUUAAUAUGAUCUUUUCACUAUAUAGUGCAUACACUCUAGCUAGGGGAAGAUUUGCUAAAACCUGAACUGGGGCUUCUGAUAAAUUCUUAGUAGCUUCAAUUUAUUACUGUUAUUAACUGUGUAAAUAACUGUUCGGGGGACAGUGAUCUGUGACACUCUUCCAGUUCCUUAAAGAGACAGCAUAGUUUCAACAUGAGCUGAAUGAAUAGGGCUUGUGCUGAACAUACCUUUUGCCUGUGGCUUGGACAGCCAAUAGGCCCGUGCAUCAGCUUCCUAGCCAGUAGUUAUUUGGUUUGUUCCCAAAACCAGACACCAUCUUCAUAUAACUUUAAAAUUGCUGAGCUUUGGCAGUGAUGAAAUGCUUUGUAUGUUGUAUCCUUUCAGUACACAUUGAAAAUACAUUAGUAUAUUUAAACCAGGAGUCAGAGGUACUUCAGAGGUACUCCAGAGUUGGAGUUCAAGGAUUUAUGUACUGACUCCACAGCCCUGCUUUUUAACUGGGUCUAACUGAAACAACUUACCACUUGCCAGUGAUUUUACCUUUCCUUCUCUUUUAACAUAAAUGUGCAGCAAUGACACUGUGUCAUUGGCAGGAAGCGCUAUCACAAAAAAUGUUGUUUUUGGCUGCAUGUUUAAAGCCUUUGUAUUUUGCUCUGAUAAGUAUAUUGUUCUACUGCCCCAAUAAUGCCAUCUUGUACCUUAACCAAAGUAGUACAGAUGUACUCUUCUUUCAUGUACAGUUAAUAAUAUGUUCCAGAUAUUGACAGACUAUGGAAAAAUGAGUGUGUGAUUUACUGGUGGGAUAUGAAAAACCAUUUCACCAAAUGUAUUUUUACUUCAUAAAACUACUGGGCAUAUAGUCACUUUGCUUUAACUACGAGUCUACAACUGAUAUUUAUGUAUUACUUAUUCAAUUUUUUAAUAAAAUACGCCAUUCAGGGAGA